UAAAUGGAUAAUGACACGUUCUUCGCGAUCUUCCUCCGUCCACCAUGAGUACCAGCGAACAAGCAGCUAUAGGAAAGCUGAACACAAAUGCUGCUUCAAAUGGUACACUCUUCAAGCUAGUGAUUUUUAGCUUGUCUCUGGGCAUUGUGCCACUCACCUCAUAUUACGGGAGCUUGCAUUAUCUUUGGAAUGGGAAUUCCACAUUCGCGGCCAUUACCGCAAUUGUAGCUGCGAACAUUGUUCUCAUCGCGUACAUUAUCCUCUCCAUCCUCGAAGACAAGCAGAGCUCACAAUCUCCCACUCGUAUCUCUGCGCAAGCACUAGAAUCCAAGAAAAAACGAUGAUAUCCUGUCACAGUUUUCGAAUACUUCGAGCUCCUUUCACGAAAAUGAUGAUAUACAUACAUAAUGUACAAUUUUUACUUACAUGUAGUGAAAAAGACCGAACUACAAUAGUAUGUAGUUCUAAUCAGAGAGAAGACAAGUAGAUAAAUUAUGUCCAGAAACAAUGAAGAAGGGUCUUCAAACAGCAAUACCCCAUUCGACGGGUGAUGGGUGCUUGAUAUUCCGCUGUCGUCUAUUGAG